AUGGGCGAGAAGGGACAGCGGCAGGGCGGCCAUGCAUCCAGUGCCCCAGAGAAGCUCUCAUUGCUCAGAGGGGGCAGCUCCUGGCCGUGGUUUGGUGGGGUGACCCUUGUACCCCUGAGAUCACUGAGGGAGGCUUGGCUGGUGCCUCCUACACAGGGGGCUGCUGCAGUAGCAAACUCUGUGGUGAUAGCUGUGCACUGGGGAGCUGCAGAGCUGUGGGCAACGAGCUCUGAGUGCUUUCUCUUCUGUCUUUCCCUUGUUUUAUUCUCUGGAGCAGGGAAGAACCGGAGGCUGAAGCAGGCCAAGGAGGAGGCCCAGGCAGAGAUCGAGCAGUACCGCCUGCAGCGGGAGAAGGAGUUCAAGGCCAAGGAGGCAGCGGCACUUGGAUCUCAUGGCAGCUGCACCACUGAAGUUGAGAAGGAGACCCAGGAGAAGAUGAGUGUGAUCCAGCAGAACUUCCAGAAGAACCGUGAGGUGGUUCUGUCCCAGCUGCUGUCCCUGGUGUGUGACAUCAAACCCGAGAUCCACGUGAACUAUCGCAUCAAUGGGUAGUGGGGGAAGGAGGAAAACUGUGCUGGGAGUCGUGUCUGAGCUUCAGGUGGAAUGUACAGCCCUUGGCCAUCCCUUCCCUGUCCUUAUCCAUGUGUUAAAUUAUUGCAGUGAGCUGUUGGAGUUCUCUUAGUUUCUGUUUUGACCCGGGUUCAGAGCUUUUUCAGACAUGAAAUGGCCACAUCUCACAUCUGGGCUAAGUUAUUAAACAAAUAUAAUCCAGUUGGCACAUCAGUGCUGCCUGAAGGAGAAAGGAGAGGGAGAUUCUGGCCAGAUUGAAAUGGAGAGCCCGUGUCAGUAAUUGUUAAACGUGUGUAACUGUAUUUUCAUUGACCAAACUGCAUUUUUCAGUGUGUUGUUAAACCUUUGCACAGGGCUGAAACCCUGGGGAAAGAGCUCUCUGGCUGUACAGUGCUGGCAGAUCAUUUUGAGGUGCUUGUGUUGAACAUCCUCUGUAUAUUCUGCUGUUGCUUGAGGUACAAGUCUGGCACUGUGACACCUGCAAGUAAAAACACUUCACUCCAAA